GUGAAAACUUUGUAUGAAGUUUUAGGGUUUGGGCAGUUGAGAAUAUGCCUGCAGGGAUGAUGGUUUCAGCGAGACACGUGCCACCGGUGAUGGGUAACAAUGGAUUUGGCUCUACCUCGGGUCUUUCACUUGCUCAGCCAAACCUUAUGGAGGGUCAGCACCAGCAGCAGCAACUUCCUAUGGAGAUGAGUCAUAACCCAUCAGAAAGUGAUAUGGUGAAGCUGAUCAGAGAUGAAGAAUUUGAGAGCAAAUCUGGUAGUGAGAAUCUUGAAGGUGGUUCCGGCGAUGAUCAAGAUCCCUCUAACCGUCCUAAGAAGAAGCGUUACCACCGCCAUACUCAACACCAAAUCCAAGAAAUGGAAUCAUUUUUCAAAGAUUGUCCUCAUCCAGAUGACAAGCAAAGGAAGGAACUUAGCCGUGAAUUAGGGUUAGAGCCUUUACAGGUUAAGUUUUGGUUCCAAAAUAAGAGAACCCAAAUGAAGACCCAACAUGAGCGUCAUGAGAAUACACAGCUGAGAAACGAGAACGACAAGCUCCGGACAGAGAACAUGAGGUACAAAGAAGCCCUAAGCAAUGCUUCAUGCCCUAACUGUGGAGGCCCAACUACUAUCGGCGAGAUGUCUUUCGAUGAACAUCAUCUGAGGAUUGAGAAUGCUCGACUUAGAGAAGAGAUUGAUAGGAUUUCGGGCAUUGCCGCGAAAUAUGUGGGAGGCAAGUCGGCUAUGAUCCCCUUCCCUUCUCUCAACCCUCAAGGCGCCCGUCCCCUUGACUUAGGUGUUGGGAACUAUGGAGUUCACAAUGCCGGAGCGGAGAUGUAUGGAGCAGGUGAUCUACUUAGAUCAAUAACCGCACCGACUGAGGCUGAUAAGCCGAUGGUCAUCGAGCUUGCUGUUGCAGCAAUGGAGGAACUGAUUAGAAUGGCUCAACUUGGGGAACCCUUGUGGCUUCCUGGCCUUGAUGCUACUACUGAAAUUUUAAGUGAGGAAGAAUAUAUAAGGAACUUCCCUAGAGGAAUUGGACCAAAACCCUUUGGGUUGAAAUCUGAAGCCUCUAGGGAAACUGCUGUUGUUAUCAUGAAUCACAUUAACCUUGUUGAGAUCCUCAUGGAUGUGAAUCAGUGGGUGAAUGUUUUCUCUGGCAUUGUUUCAAGAGGCAUGACACUUGAAGUCCUAUCAACUGGUGUAGCAGGAAACUACAAUGGAGCUCUUCAAGUGAUGACAGCAGAGUUCCAAGUCCCCUCCCCGCUUGUUCCAACGCGCGAAAGUUACUUUGUAAGGUAUUGUAAGCAACAUGCCGACGGAACUUGGGCAGUGGUUGAUGUUUCCUUGGACAAUUUACGGCCUAACCCAGGAACGAAAUGUCGAAGAAGGCCUUCGGGUUGUUUAAUUCAAGAAAUGCCAAAUGGGUACUCAAAGGUCAUCUGGGUUGAACAUGUAGAAGUUGAUGAUAGAGCAGUUCACAACAUAUACAGACCUUUAGUUAAUUCCGGACUUGCAUUUGGUGCGAAACGAUGGGUUGCUACGUUAGAUCGACAGUGCGAACGUCUGGCUAGUGCAAUGGCCAGUAAUAUUCCUUCUGGAGAUGUUGGUGUAAUAACAAGUCAAGAAGGAAGAAAGAGUAUGUUGAAGCUGGCUGAGAGGAUGGUUAUAAGCUUUUGUGCUGGUGUUAGUGCUUCAACUGCUCAUACAUGGACUACAUUAUCUGGUAGUGUUGCUGAAGAUGUAAGGGUCAUGACCAGAAAAAGCGUAGACGAUCCAGGGAGGCCUCCCGGUAUUGUGCUGAGCGCCGCCACUUCCUUCUGGCUUCCUGUCCCACCAAAUAGAGUUUUUCAUUUCCUUCGCGAUGAGAACUCUCGCAGUGAGUGGGAUAUCCUCUCAAAUGGCGGUGUUGUGCAAGAAAUGGCGCACAUUGCAAACGGUCGUGAUCAUGGCAACUGUGUCUCUCUACUGCGUGUGAAUAGUGCAAAUUCAAGCCAAAGCAACAUGCUGAUAUUACAAGAGAGCUGCACUGAUUCGACGGGUUCUUAUGUAAUCUACGCUCCUGUUGACAUUGUUGCUAUGAAUGUGGUACUAAAUGGUGGAGAUCCAGACUAUGUUGCUCUGUUACCAUCAGGGUUUGCUAUACUACCUGAUGGACCAACAAUUCAUGGAGGAAUAGUUAAUGAUGAGGUUGGGUCUGGUGGAUCUCUUCUCACAGUUGCAUUUCAGAUCUUGGUGGAUUCAGCUCCAAGUGCAAAACUCUCUCUUGGAUCUGUGGCUACUGUUAACAGUCUCAUUGCUUGCACUGUUGAUAGAAUUAAAGCUGCAGUUUCAUGUGAGAAUGCAUGAACUGUAAAGGCUGCCUUGUACAGCUGAUGAAGAAAAGGAUGAACAAAGAAAGAAGAAAGAGAGGGGGUGGGUGUAGAUUUCAGGGGUAUUAAAAAGAUGGGAGUCAAGAACGCACCUCGUAUG